CCCGCCGCCCGCCCGCCCGCCCGCCCCAAAGUCACAGCCUGGGUCCCGGAGACCCGAGCCUUCAGCCUGGGCGGGGCCGGAAGGACGCCAUCCGGGCCUCGGCCAUGGAGGCUCCUUUGCCGUCCCUAACCGAGGAGGACCUCACUGAAGUGAAGAAGGACGCUUUAGAAAAUUUACGUGUUUACCUGUGUGAGAAAAUCAUAGCAGAGAGACAUUUUGAUCAUCUACGUGCAAAGAAAAUACUCAGUAGAGAAGACACAGAAGAAAUUUCUUGCCGAACUUCAAGUAGGAAAAGAGCUGGGAAGUUGUUAGACUACUUACAGGAAAACCCCAAGGGACUGGACACCCUGGUGGAAUCCAUCCGCAGGGAGAAGACGCAGAACUUCCUGAUUCAGAAGAUAACGGAUGAGGUGCUGAAACUGCGGAAUAUAAAGCUGGAGCAUCUCAAGGGCCUGCAAUGUAGCAGCUGUGAGCCCUUUGCCGCGGGAGCCACCAACAACCUUUCCAGGUCCAAUUCCGAUGAGAGCAAUCUCUCUGACAAGCAGAGGGUGUCCACUGCCAUGCGCCACCCAGAGGGAGAGUCCAGCACCGCUCCCUUCUUCUCCACUGAGUCCUCUCUGAAUUUGCCAGUCCUGGAAGUCGGCAGAACUGAACACGGCAGCUUCUCCUCGGGCACGCUUCCUCGACCUGGAGACCCUGGGGCACCCCCUUUGCCCCCAGACCUGCGGUUGGAAGGAGGAACUUGUGGAAACUCGAGUGAAAUGUUUCUCCCCUUACGAUCACGAGCUCUUUCACGACAGUGACACCUCACUGCCUAGUUUUUUUUAAUAGUGAUGAAAAGAUGUUGUAAAUGAUAUAAUCUUUUUUAUGAAAGUCACGAUAACAGCUCACUCACAUUUGACAUGUCUUAACUCACAGUGCGCACAUUCUCUGUAAAUAGGAUUUGUUAGGGUAAAGAAGCACAUUCUGGGGGUAACUGGAUGUAAAUCAUGGUCCACAUUGGCCUUUUUAAAAAUUUUUAGAUGUUUAGUAUUUUCAUGUUAUAAAACUAAUUGUAUGUGACUAUUUCUCAAUUUGAGAAAUCAACUCAUGGGCUGAGAAUAAUGUUUCAUUGCACAUUUAUGCUACAGAUGUUCACUCUGACCAUCUUUCCCAGUGAUCUGGCAGUAUGUUUCAGCAGUAAACUGUUCUGACUGCAGUAAAGCCAGGCCCUAGGAAAGCUGCCCAACACUCAGGAGAGUCUCCCACUCCUUGGUUCUGAGAAGCCUUUGGUUCUGCAGAAACACCCAAUGGCACCGAGCCACCUGUGUCUCAGCUGACAAAUUCAUUUUGUACUGCUCUUGCCCACUGACAUGACUCUCUUUGGAUUUUAUAGUCUUAUCCCUAAAGAAUGUUGUCUUAAACCAGGGGUGGUAUCCACGCCUUUAAUACCAUCUCUUGGGAGGCAGAGGCAGGUGGAUCUCUGAAUUCAAGCCCAACCUGGUCUACAGAGUGAGUUCCAGGACAGCCAGGGCUAUACACAGAGAGAAAAAAAACGAAUGUUAUGCCAAUAGGAUAUUGCUUGUAAUAGAUUAAAAAUACUUCCUCUGGGCCUUUUAUUCUUUUUCAGUGAACACUGCUAUAUGGAUAAAAUAACUAGAACAAUUGAUUUUGGAUUGUGUGACAAUCUUGUUUUUAAUAUUUGUAUCAAGCAGCUACUAGCUACAGCUAAGUUUUUAUUGUAUUACAAAGUUUGACUAACUUUACACAUUUUUAAAAAAUGCUGAUUGUCUUCAUAUAAAUUAUAAUUUUACAUAUUUCCUGAUACCCACCUCCUAUAUAUUUCUGUUAUUUAAAAAUUAAGAAAUGAAAAGUUGCUAUUAACAAUAAAAAGUUUUUUUUUAAGGUA